CACCCUCAUUUAUACCAACUAAACAAAAACACCAAAGAUCCACAACAACUCUCCUUCUCUUUGAAUUUCUUAACAUUUCUGCAUGCUCUCACUCUUAUCUCUAUCAAAGAUGGAGAUGGAGCAAAUGACACCAAAAAUAUUAGGAAAGAAGCUAUGGAAGAUAGUGAGGAUUGCAGUCUAUGUGGUGAAGAAGGGGAUGUCAAAGAGGAAGCUACUACUGCUUGACCUCCAACUGGCCCUUAACAUCACCCUAAAGCGCGGGAAACACGCCGGAAAAGCGUUGACCGACCUCAUUGACCAGCACCUCAACCUGCAGGCCGCCCUCACCUGCCGGUCCGACACCUCCGUCGCCAUCGUCGGGCCGCAGCAGUACUACGAGUUCAGCUGCCGCAACACGCCGCAAGCGGGGGCGGCCCUUUUUGGCAAAAGCAAAAAGCACCGCCGCCGCAACAGCCGCGGGUACAGCAGCGCCGACGACGCCGAAGGGAGCGAUGGGUUCCGGAGGGCAUUGGAGAUUUGGAACGGUGGGCCCGCCGGGGACGCGCUGUCGUCCCCGCUGGUGCCGGAGCCAGUGAGGCAGCUGCGGGUAACCGACUCGCCGUUCUCGGAGUCGGAUGAGAGCUCCGGCGUCCACGUGGAUAUGGACGCCGAAGAGUUCAUCAAGAAGUUUUACAGUAACUUGAGCGAAGAAACAAUGGCCGCCGCCACUAGUAUUGAAUCUCCAUCUCCAUGUCAUUAUACUAUUAAUUAAUUAGAUCAGAUGAAUAAAAUAAGUACAGAUCAAAUGAUAAUAAAGACGUAGUAAGACGUAAAACUCCUUAAUUUAUUCGAUCAGUCUUUCUGAUGAACAUGCC